AUGGAUUUUUGCAUUUUGGUUGUUCAGGGCUUAGAGAAAAUAUAUAUCGAAAAAUUAAAAGCGAGUCUAAAGAAUUAUGGAACUGUUCCAAAUGCAAAAAUAUUAAAGAUUCUGUCAACACCAAAACUAGCUCUUUCUCGGAUACUAGGUACUAUUGAAAGUUUAGUAGAAUCCAUUGAAUUUAUGAGUGGGCAAUUUGAAAGUUUCAAAAACCAAAUGAAGGAUAUUUUAUCAACUCUGGGAGAAUUACAAACAGAAAACAAAAUUGUCAAAGCUCAAAUGUGA